AUGGCUAUUAAUACUAUUUUUUUUCUCUCUGAAGAAUUUUUACAUUUGCUGAAGUGUCUUAUAAUCAAGCUUGUGAAAGAGAAAGACAGCAGAGCACAUGAGGCAUCUCAAUGGUUGACACGAGAGGCACUUGACAUUAAAGAGGUUCAAGAAAGUGGAACAUUUAGACAAGCCUGUUGGCAAUGCUUAACAGCAACUGUAGCCCCAUUCCUGGCUGAAGUGAUCGCCAUCUGUGACAUCAGCAACAAUCUUAGUCUCCUUAAUAGGCAAGAAGCUGACAACGCUUGGCUGCACAAACUUUGGCUGAGCAUCUUUUCAUCUGUAGAUCUGAUUAACAUCAAUUAUGACAUGUGUUUGUCUCCUGUGGAGAAAGUCCAAAGGUCUGAGGUGUUGCUACAAGAGAAAGGAUAUGGUGGCAAGUCAUUCAAGGCUCUCUUUCCAUUCUCGUGGAUUAUAAAGGCAAAAUUAGAUGAUAUUUGGAAAUUUGUUUCGGAAGCCAAAGUUGAAGCAGAGGCAACACCAGGUCAGCAGUUUUUGAAGAAUGUUGAGGAAUCUGAAGUUGGAAUGAAACUCAUGAAAGCCAUCACUAUUGGUGGAGCCCAGAAGGUUGUCCAACUCUACUGCUCAGAUUUCAUCCGAAUGACUUGCAAGAUCUCCCAAGAAGAUGAGCACAAGUUGAUCUGCGACUAUAUAAUAGAUGCAUCCUAUUUAAUUGUACUAGAGCUUGGAGGUCAAGUUGACAGUGUGAACUCAGUUGCUGCUGUACAUUUAGCAUUUAGCAGAUUCCAGGCAAGGUUUGAACAUCUCUCACAGCUUGUUGGUAUCUGCCCAGAUGUCUUGAAUAAAGAACCAGAAGAAAGAUUAGAUACAAAAGAAAUGACUGUUGACGUCACAAGUCUCAGGUAUAUCCUAAAAGAAAGUGAUGGCAAUGGGGGCAAAGAUUUCAAGUCACAAGAAGGACAAAGAAACUGGUUGUACAAGAUCAACACACUGUGUCCUGUAGUACAAAGUAUGAUAGCAUUGUACAAGAAAAAAAAAGACAUUUUUGGACCAAACAGCCAGAUAAUCCUAGAGGAGUGCAGAUGUUUGUGGUCGAGGAUUACUGUGAUGAAGCUGUUCUUUGAGCAUGUCUGCUUGCAAGAUAAAGGAUUUGCUGAUAUUGUUUUACCUAAAUGCAGAGCCCUCUGGCUGACAUUAAAAAAAACAGCGAACUUGAAGUUGAAUACCUCUAUUGAGGGCUUAGUGAAUAUCCUGAACGUAGCUAAUAUGAAAGCUGGCAAAAAGUACUACAAGAGUGGGAUUCAUCACUGUGAAAUGUGUGACGAAGCUAUUACAGAUCCUGUUCUCCUGCCGUGUAAGGAAAAACAUGUUUUUUGUAAGGUGUGCAUUGAGGGAUACUUUCAAACAGAAGGUGCAAAGAGAUGCCCAGAAUGUAGAGAGGAUCUCCCUCUAUCAUUUGAGUGUAAAGAACAGUCUGAAGUCAGUGAGGUUGUUGCCCAGCACAAUGCGUUCCGUCAAUGUUGUAACUCGUUUUUCAUGGAAGUUGUGUCCCAGCUUUGCUUUGCUGAUGGAACCCCACCAAGUGAAGAGGUCAUCAAAAAGUUGCUGGGAUAUGUGACAAUAGAUUCCAAAAAACAGAAGAGACGUGUGACAAGGAAUGUUUCUCCUUUCCCAGAGGACUGUAUCGAUCCAAAUCCUGUUGUCAGAUCUUUUCUACUCCAGCUGUUGCUUCAGUCAAAUUUGGAAACUGUAAAAGAGCAUGUACAAGAGUAUCUGAUGAACUCAAGAGACCUCAUGGAAAGAUCUGAUGAUGAUGUUGUCAGCCUCUGCAGAUUGUUUGUCAACUGUCUAGAAGACACGUACUACUGUGGUUUUCCGCAAGACUGUGAUGCAAAACUCAUCCAAUUACUCCUCGGCGAUGCUCUUGGGAAACUUGAAAAUGCUCACCAUUUUUUCAACGGACAUAAUGCCACUGCAGACCCGUUAAGUGUCGAGUUACUUGAAGCAAUAUCGCAGAGUCGUUUUGCAUUGACAAUGCUCGCUGACAUCAUUCAACGCCAACAAGAUCAACAAUUCUACAGUGCAGUUACUAUCAAGCGUCUUGUUGCUAUGCUGGCAAGGGAAGCUAGAAGAUUCUGUGAGCAGAAUAAACAGGCACAGUUGUAUCUUGUGAAGUACAUCUGCAAGGCUUAUAGCAGAGAUGCUUUAACCCGUCUGAAGGGUGACGAACAGUUUAGCUGGAUCUUACCAGAUGAGUUGAAAGUUCAGGACCAGAACAUCCCAGAUAAUUGUGUCAUUGUUGGCGAGAUGUACAUCAGCAUUCGAGAAGCUAUUGGUCAAUGUAUGGUUGACAAAGAUUUUGAGAAGAUGUUCAAGACUGUGACGGAUGUGAAGGUGCAGGAGAAGGACAAGGAAGUAUGCUUUCUUCUUGCUUUAUUCAGAGAGAUCACAAUGAAUGCCACAACAACUGUAGAAGCCAAAAGAAUAAGUUUGGAGGUGAAAAGAGAAUUUGGAAAAAUUAUCCAAAACAUGCCAUUCCUGAAAAAUAAGGUUGUUGCAGACACAUUGUUACAAAACAGAGGACAAAACCACCAUGUUCUUAAGGUCACUCCUGGAUUACACCUUCAAGACUACAGCAUCCAGGCAGCUGUGACCCAUCUUCAGAUUGUUUUGAAUGUAGUUGAACGGGAAUCGUUGACCCAGUGUCUGGCAAUGUUGAUGAAAUCCCCAACUCAAAUGCAGCAAGCUUAUUUACCAGCAAUGCCACAAGAUGACCGUAUGGAAGCAAGGGCAGCUCUACAUCAAGCGUCAAGAGAUCAGAACUUAACUUGGUACCAAUGUCCAAGUGGUCAUCUAUACACCGUAGGAGAUUGCGGCAAACCAUAUACAACAGGACGAUGUCCGGAGUGCAAUGCGCAGAUUGGAGGAGAACAACAUCGAGCUCAUUCUGGGAACACGGAAGCAAAAAUGGUUGAUACAACGUCCACUGGUCAUGUGCUUGGAAACCCACAGAUUCGACAGGGCAACCAGAUUGUGUGUGAACGAACAAUGAACUGCAUGGCAACUGCUGUUGUCCGGUUCUUGUUGCAUGCUAGCAUGCUGCUAGGAACAGAAUGCCAACAGGGACCACAGCCAAUUAUCAAUAUCAUUAAACCAGCUCCACUUAAUGUGCUUGAGUUUCUAUGGCAACAUCUACAUAAUGAUGUAAGGUUGUUGUCAAUAGCAACAGGCAAGAACAGGGAUGAUUGCAUCUUCAUCCUUCACAAAGUUAUUGAUAACAUUUUGCACAAAAGAGUCCCAGCACACCUUCAAUCUGGCUUUCAACAACUGUUGCCAUCGAAGCAAUGUCGAAAAGUAUGGGAAGAAAAAUUUACAGCUGUGUACAUCACACCUCUGCUCCAGGGACUAAAUGAAAUGAUCGACCGAUCAAAUCAGACUCUAGUCUCUGACAAACGUCUCAGCGAUGAUCCUCUAAUGCGACUGCUGCACACAUCAAAUGUUGUGAAGCCUGAGGACCUUGGUAAGCUGGUGGAGACAUCGCACGUCUGGCAGUACCGUAGUCGUAUCACCAUUCAGUGCAUCCAUCAAGCUUUGGCAAAUGAAGAAGAUGGCGCUUCACUGCAAGUCCUCAGACUGUUUAUGGAAAAGGAAAAGCAUCUUAGAGUUGUGCGACAUUUGCCUGACAUUAUACGACUUCAACGUCUCCUAAUCAACAAAUACAACAGGCACAUUGAUUCGGCUGAAGCUAUCAACUUGAACAUUUCAAGAUUUUUGGAUCAAUUAUAUGUAACAGAGAGAGAAGAGUUUAAGAGAUUGAUUGACACAUUUAUUGAUGUUUGGAAUUCUGUCAAACUAGAUGUCGCAUCGACAGUGAAGUUGCCUAUCCCAAAAGAGUGCUGUUCAGAGGUCAUGUCAUAUGAGAGUAACAUAGCGAUGUUGCUACCAACGAGGCGAGACUCUGGUCUGUGUGCUACUGGUCUUGUUGACUUCCUCAUCUUUACACAAAAUGAAUUUCUGGAGAGAUACCAUAGUAUCAAACAUUUACAGAUGAGCAAAGUCAAAGUUGAUCCAUCUGACCUGCUUAUGUCACACCUGAUUGCAUAUGAUCCAGACCGUGACCUGCUUCCACUGAUUCUAUCCCAGUGCCAAUACAUUGUAAGACCAAUGGCGGAAAAUAAAAUUGAAUACAACCUGCAAGGUUUAGAGCUGCAACUCAUUGAGAGGUUCGUCAGGGGGCGUGCAUCUAUUGAUCGCAAAUUUGAUCAAUUAUUUUUCCGACAAGACGUCAGGAAUGCCUCUAUAUUUGAAAAUCUGAGAGACAAGAUACCGCAGGUUGAGUUGCCGACAGCUGUGCAAAGUAGUAUUGUAGCGGACCUUAAAUCCUUCCAAGAUCUUUGCAAAUCUUUAGCAUCACUCGAUAUCGCUAUUGGAUUCUUGGCAAACUACAAGGCAGAGGGAGACAUGCUGAUAAAGAAAUACUUGCAAGAUAAACUAGCCAUGCCAUUGGAGAAAGGACUUUGUAGCUCAACAGCAUCACAGCAAUGUCGUCUGAAGCAUGUUUUGGCACUCUGGCAAGUUCUUGCAGUAGAGAAAGCUCUUCGACUUGCCAAUGAUGCACGGGAUCCAUUUGAUGGAAUUGGAGAAGAAUAUCGAGAGGAGUUGGACCAAGAGCAAAAGAAAGAUCUUACUGCAAAUUUACGAUUCAUCAAAGUGGACCUACUUUGUGCAGAGCUUUAUGAGUAUAUUGUACUGAAUCUUGGACGCCAAUCUACCAACACAGAGGAAGAAAGGACAAAGUGGCCGAUAUCCUACACACUGGAUGCACAUUGUACAAGUAAAAAUGAAAAUAGUGAGAUUCCUGGUCUGGAACAGUUCCCAGACACGCUAUUAUUAAGUCAAGCUGUCGAAACUUGGAAGGCCAUUGCACAGUUUCACUGCAGACAGUCUGUGCAAGGCUAAUCUUGUACCAAUGCAGAACAGAAGACAACUCACACUAAGUCACACAUCAUAUUAACUCACAUACCAACUUUAUCUUAAUGAAUAAAAAUACUGUAUAUGAUCUUCUUCUUGUUUAAUUCAGUUAAACAUUUUAGAUAAAACACUAAAAGUUAAAAUAAUGUAGAUACGCAAUGGUUUCAUUAAUGGUAAUGAUGCAAAAAUAAAUGCAGUUUUUAGAUUGCUUACGAUUAGGUUAUUUAAUAUAAUUUCAUUGUACCAACAUACAGUAUUUCAAAUUUCAGAACUAUUUUUUCAAUUUUUAGUUUUGCUUUAAAAUACAAUUCUUCAAAAAAAUGAUUUAUCAGUAGAGCUGGUAGAGGGUGCCAUGUCACAAAAAACACCUAGAUUCAGUGCUUGAUGAAGAAUUUAAAUUUAGCAUGUAUGUGUUAAAAAAAGAAUUGGACUAAUCAGUGAUUGUAAUGGAUAAGUGGUCUUCAUAGAUUUCAAGUAACAUUCCUGAACAUGCAGGAUAUAAUGUAUUAUAAUUCUAAUUCAUCGUAUUAUUUUAUUAUCAAAAAUAUAAUAUAACAAUUGACAUUUGUUAAUAUUUUUUCUGGACAAAAGAAAUGUUGCAAAACUCAUAUUAUUUUAAAACCUUGAUGUCUAUCAGUGUAAAUAUGAGAAAAUGCUUCAAGGCUUAGUCGCCUUGAAAAUUACUUAGUUUUUAUUUUAGUACUUAACUGAGGUUUAAUGCAUUACUUUGUUCAUUAUUUUUAAAAUGCCAAAUAC